GUCCAAACUUUUAGACCCUAGUGAAUAUCUUGAAGAUAAUGAUAUAGAAGAAGACUUAAAAGAUUUCACAGUAGUUACAAAAGCUACUCUCUUUGCAAUUGCUAGUAAUAUCAAGUUUACUCUCAAAGAAAAGAACAAUAGCAAAAUUAUUCUUGUCAUCAAUAAUGUUUUUGCUUAA